AUGGCCGAUACCUCUAGCAGGUUGCUACAGAAUCAUAUCACACAUGGUAGAAAAGAACCGAGUGCAACAAACUGCAUUCUGCAUGAAGACGACUCGGGGCGGUGCACGGUCAACAAAGAAGUUAUCAAAAAAAUCAGUCUCAAUGAUAUCUCGGUCGGCUUGGCUGUCCUAGCAAAUGUAUCCAUGUUUACGGUUUUGGUGGUGGCCGUCUUUGUGCCAAUCCGUUUCUCCGGCUCAACAGGCAACCAUGGAUCACUCAGCACGGUGGAAAAGACAAUAUAUGUUACGGUGUUGACAACUCUGGGAACUAUGUGCAGAGCUUUUACAUUAUCUCGACUGCGACAGUUAUGGUUAAGGAUUUUCGAUUUAGAGCUCAAUCGCGGCUCGUCUCUUCUCCAAAUUGACCCACGGUGGCGGACCGCUCUUGAUAUUGGAACCGUACAGGAGUGCCUGGGACAAUGGCGGGUCUCUGCUUCAUUUGCCAUCUCGAUCCUUACCGUUACUGCAUUUGUCACCGGUCUGAGUUACAACCAAAUCGAGGAAACGACAACUUUCUCAUACUAUCUACCAGAAGAUUCUACAUCAGGAUGUAUGGGUGUGGACGCUUCAUCAUUGAAUGGAAGGUAUUCGGACAUGUUAUGGCAACUUCCAAAUGGUUCGGAAUACAAAGUUUUCCCAUACCUGGACUUCUGUCCUACCUCUCAAACAAUGCUGCUGAUGGGCGGUAUAAACACAAAAGACCCACAGAAUUAUGGCUAUGGAGACCUUGGGGUCGCGGUUCAGUCUGGGGCUCAAGGCGCCCCUGGCUCAUUCUAUGCACCAUCGUUUCCCACUCCAGUUUCUGCUCUACGAAUUGGACUCAACGACCUCAUAAUGCGACACGGAACCGCUUUGGUUAGUGUUCAUGGGUGUUCACCCACACUUUUGCACAAUCCUUUCUCAUGUCGAACAACAGACGUAGAAUUCGACCCAAGCACUUUGUCGAUUGAGGUUGGAGACCAAAAUUGCUCAGCCAACAGAACAGUGAAUGAUAACAAAAGUCCCAACGGCCAUGCUUACAAGAUCUGCCCCAUUGGAGAGAUUGGUGAGGCAACAUUAGUGAUGGCUCACAUUGGUGUUGACGCCGUUUACGCUGCAAAAGCAAUGGGCGACCUUGAACAGGUAAAGGCAUGGAAUACAUCAGAUGAUGAAAAACUCAAGCUUUACGGCAUCCGAUGUGACAUUCACGUAUCAAUUCAACUCCGAGAACUCACCCUAACGAUGGCGGAUGGCGCACGCAACACAGGUGCCUUGACACGUACCCUGAACGCAGGCAAUGAGUGCUCCAUUCCAGCACGAUUUGGCCUGAACCAAAUCAAGGCCACAGCAGCUAUAGGAGCCUUUCAUAUACUAUAUGCUGGUUGGAUGAAAGACUUACGAAUGGUAGUCCUAAGUUCGAAUUCAACAGAGCACAAUAUUCGCAGCAAACCCUAUUCAUUCAAAAAUUCUCAAUCGGCACUAGAAGAUGUGCUGGGUCUUGCUUCAGCGCUCUCUUUGAGUCGUCUUACGUUGGAUAGUCGCGCACCUUCUGUGGAAGUUAGAGGAAGUGCGAUCGCACUCUACAAUCGAGUUGGACCUGGGGAAUAUUGGGCCGUAAUCUUUGCAUUACCCCCACUUAUCAAUGUUGUUUUACUACUGUUUCUAUGGCGAUUGAGUCGAUCAAAAACGCCAAUCUCUAGUAUAACUUCUAGUCUGAAUAGUCUAGAACAGUUCGGCAAAAUGGCUUGA